AUGUCGUUCCCAAGCACAAUCCAAGCCAUCGCUAUCGACAAGACUGGCGGACUAGAGGUCCUCGAGAGGAAGGCCUUACCGUUUCCCAAGCAAGAGCCCGACAAAAUUGUAGUCAAGGUCAGCUGGGGAGGCGUAAACACUAUUGACACCUACUUCCGAAAGGGUCUAUACCCAAUCAAGUCCUUCCCGCAAGCUCUCGGGCGCGAGGCGUCUGGUACAAUCGUUGCCCUUCCCACUGACCCAAACGUACUCAGCGAUGAGCGGUACAAGGCACGGGGAUACAAGAUCGGGCAGCGCGUCGCUGCGUUCGGCAUGGGUGCACAUUCAGAGUACUUCUCGAACAACUGGGUUCAUAUCUUCCCCCUUCCGGAUGAGGUCCCGCUGGACGUCGCCGCGGCCGUGCUCUUGCAAGGCCUCACCGUUGUGACACUGAUGACAGAAGCGUACAAUGUCCAAAAGGGCGACACGAUCUUCGUUCAUACUGUCGCUGGCGGACUUGGGCUGCUCUUUACGGCCUAUGCCAAGGCACGCGGCGCGAUUGUCAUCGGAAGCACCUCUACUCCCAAGAAAGCAGAAAUUGCCAGGUCUUACGGCGCAGAUCAUGUCAUUUUGUACACGACAGAGAACGUUGUGCAGCGGACGCUGGAGCUCACGAAUGGCGAGGGCGUGCACGCGGUCUUUGAUGGUGUGGGCAAGGACACGUUCUGGGGCGACUUCGAGAUGCUCCGCCGCAAGGGCACUCUUGUCUGCGUCGGCAACGCUUCGGGUGCACCGGCCGAUGUGUCGCCACUCAAGCUCUCGCCAAAGAACCUGAAGCUCGUCCGCCCGGGUAUGCCAAACUACAUCGUCACACCCGAGGAGGCAGACUUCUACGCGAAGGAGCUCUGGGACGCGGUCGAGCGCGGGCUGUUCAAGGUCCGCAUCGAGAGCGUAUACCCGUUCAGCACGCAGGGUGCGCGUGACGCGCAGGCGGAGCUCACAACUCCCGGAGGCAAGCUAGCGGGCAAGAUUUUGAUCAAGAUUGUGGAUGAGUGAGCAAGGAGGGUCCACCGCUUGGCUUGUGCGAAAGUGUAAUCUGGUGUGACCUGACCUGCAACUAUAUAUGUGUACCAUAGUGUAGUCCGAUGGUCGGCGUUGACUGAUCUGUUCUCUGGAAGGUGUGGUGCACGUCGCGUGCGCGUCUCUACCAGGUAGCCAGACGACUCCGAUUGAGUUCCUCGGA